GGGAGAGCGGAUAAUACCGGGAACGCGGGGUCCGGGGGAGAGCGGAUAAUACACCGGGAACGCGGGGUCCGGGGGAGAGCGGAUAAUACCGGGAACGCGGGGUCCGGGGGAGAGCGGAUAAUACCGGGAACGCGGGGUCCGGGGGGAGAGCGGAUCACACCGGGAACGCGGGGUCCGGGGGAGAGCGGAUCACACCGGGAACGCGGGGUCCGGGGGAGAGCGGAUAACACCGGGAACGCGGGGUCCGGGGGAGAGCGGAUAACACCGGGAACGCGGGGUCCGGGGGAGAGCGGAUAACACCGGGAACGCGGGGUCCGGGGGAGAGCGGAUAACACCGGGAACGCGGGGUCCGGGGCAGAGCGGAUAAUACCGGGAACGCGGGGUCCGGGGCAGAGCGGAUAAUACCGGGAAACGCGGGGUCCGGGGAGAGCGGAUAAGUGAAUGCGGGGUCCGGGAGAGCGGAUAUAGUGAAAUGCGGGGUCCGGGGAGAGCGGAUAUAGUGAAUGCGGGGUCCGGGGAGAGCGGAUAUAGUGAAUGCGGGGCCCGGGGAGAGCGGAUAUAGUGAAUGCGGGGUCCGGGGAGAGCGAUAUAGUGAAUGCGGGGUCCGGGGAGAGCGGAUAUAGUCAAUGCGGGGUCCGGGGAGAGCGGAUAUAGUCAAUGCGGGGUCCGGGGAGA